GUGUUUUUAGAUAUGCCUGAAAACUUCCUUACAGGCUUUGAUCAAGCCCCAAAUUCUCUCCCUUGGACCAGCCUACUAAUUUUGUACCUUUCAAAUAACAAGCUUCAAGAGCCACUCCCAAUUCCACCACCAUCCACUGUCUAUUAUAAAGUCCAUAGCAACAUGUUGAGCGGAGAAAUCACUCAAAUGAUUUGUAAUCUGAGUUUUCUUUCUUAUCUUGAUUUGUCAUACAACAACCUAAGUGGUUACCUUCCCCAAUGUUUAGGCAACUUGAGUAACCUUUCAAUUCUUAAUCUACGACACAACAACUUUCAUGGCCACAUUCCUCAAAUGUUCAUAGAAGGAUGCCAAUUGAGUAUGAUCAAUUUGAAUCAAAAUUAUUUUCAAGGGGUUUUACCAAGGUCAUUGGUUAAUUGUACCAUGCUGGAAAUUCUUGAUAUUGGAAAUAAUCAUAUAAGUGAUAUUUUUCCCUCUUGGUUGGGCAUUCUUCCAGAGCUUGGCGUUCUCAUUUUGCGAUCAAAUGGCUUCCAUGGUGCUAUUGGAAAACCUGAAACAAAUUCUACAUUCCCAAAAUUACAUGUCAUUGACCUCUCCAACAAUUAUAUUACUGGUAAGUUGCCAUAUGAAUACUUCCAAAUUUGGAAAUCCAUGCAAAGCUUUGACAUAGGUCACUUAAUGUAUAUGCAAGCAAAUAUUCAGAUGCAAAAAUAUCCAAGCAAUGAUUGGUUAAUGCCGUCAUAUGCAUACUCAAUGACAUUGACAAACAAAGGCAUAAAGACAGAAUAUUCGAGAAUCCAAGAUUUCUUUGUGGCCAUCGAUCUAUUGGGCAACAAGUUUGAAAGAGAAAUUCCAAAAAUUUGGAGGAAUCUAAAAGCUCUUCACAUGCUUAACCUUUCCAACAAUAUUCUUACUAGUUUUAUCUCGUCGUCUUUGGCAACCUUAACAAACCUAGAAUCAUUGGAUCUUUCUCAAAAUAUGCUAGUUGGAGAGAUUCCUCCACAACUAGUGGAGCUCACCUUCCUUACUUUCUUGAAUGUGGCUCAUAAUAAUUUUACAGGACCUAUACCACAAGGAAAACAAUUUCUCACAUUUCAAAACAAUUCAUUUGAUGGAAAUGUAGAAUUGUGUGGAAGCCCAUUGUCCAAAAGAUGUGACAAUUCAGAGCACCCACCAACCCAACUUCUAAUUUUGAAGCAAAACAAGGCUCAGAGUUUCCAUUUGAGUUUGACUGGAAGGUAG